AUGGCACAAGUCAAAAAUGACCAAAAUAUCGACAUACACGCCAAGAUCGAGGAUUUCACCUCUUCGUCCGAGGAUAAGCUCGAAGCUGGACGGAAUGCCUCCGGCGGGAAUAGUGUCACAUGGAACUGGGAUGAUGAUCCCAGCAAUCCCUACAACUGGCCAACCCGACUGAAAGUCCAGCAAGUUUUUAUGAUUGCUUCUGCGGCGCUUACAACGUCUCUCAGCGUAUCGAUUCUAUCGCCCGCUCACUCGGAAUUUAUGACAGAAUUCGGAGUCAGCAGCACAGUGGCUAUCCUACCCUUGUCGCUCUAUGUCUUCGCUCUAGGUCUCGGCCCUAUCGUCGGAGGGCCGCUUUCCGAGACUGUUGGAAGAUAUCCAGUAUAUGUCGGUACAAUGGUUCUUGGGACAUUAUUUACGAUGGGUGCUGGCUUUAGUCCUACGUUUGCCGGGCUUUGUGUGUUGCGAUUUCUGGCUGGGUUCUGCUAUGCGCCCACAUUGGCUAUUGCUGCUGGGACUAUCAACGAAACCUUCAAGCCAGUGAAGCGUGCUAUUCCCUCUACCAUUUUCAUUUUAUCGCCUUUUUUGGGUCCUGGAUUAGGGCCUGUGAUCGGAAGUUUUGUCGUGAAUAGAAAAGGCUGGCGUUGGACUCAGUGGACAAUGGUCUUCUUCGCCAUCUUCACUCUCAUCACAAUUUGCAUCUCCAGGGAGACCUUUCAUCCUAUCCUGAAACGUCGUCGCUCAAAAGAACUCGGACUCGAUAUCCCUCCAUCUCAACCCCUGUCUUCAAAAAUUCGACUUUUUGCAACCAUCGCCCUUGUCCGCCCUAUUCAUAUGCUUGUGACCGAGCCCAUCGUCGCUUUCAUCUGUCUCUAUGUUGCCUGCGAAUUUGCAACACUCUUUUCAUUCUUCGCUGCGAUUCCUCUGAUCUUCCAGGGUGUCUACCAAUUUAGCAUCGAGGACUCUGGUCUCGUAUUUCUGGCCAUCGUGGUCGGAUGUUUACUCGGAAGCAUUACAGUCCUUCUUUGCAACAUUCUUUUCUAUUUGCCUCAAGUAGCAAAACACAAGGGUCAGCAGGUUCCGCCCGAGCAUCGUCUUUAUCCAGCUCUCAUCGGCAGUCUUGGUCUCCCCGUGGGUCUUUUCUGGUUUGCAUGGACCGCUAGAGCGGAUAUCUCCUGGGGAAGUCCUGUUGUCGCAAUCAUGCUUUUCGCAUGGGGCAAUCUUUGCGUUUUUAUCAGUACGACUCAGUAUUUAGUUGAUGCCUAUCACGGUCUCACUGUCGCGAGUGCUAUGAGUGCAAAUAGUCUGGCCCGAUAUGGGCUCGCGGCAGCAUUCCCUCUAUUCACUAUUCAAAUGUAUACAAAACUCGGCACUGGCUGGGCCUCGAGUUUGCUAGGCUUUAUUGCGGUUGCUCUCUUGCCUGUUCCUUGGGUUUUCUUCAAGUCUGGCAACAAGCUGCGAGCUUUGAGUAAAUAUGAGACCGCGGAAAACUAG